GUGGUUAGAGAUUAUAUGAAUUCCGAACCCGAACUGAAAUUGUAACUGCGUCUUUUUGCACUGCAUUGUUGAUAUUUCAAUGGUUUUAUGUUAAUGAUGUAAUAAGGAACUUUUUAAAAUCAUGAUGUAACUAUACAGAUGUCAACGACAACAGCACAUAUCUGGCAGAGCUCGGAGUCCUAUCGCUGGAAUACAGGAGACAUUCUCGGUCGUGGAGCAACUGCAGUCGUGUACAAGGCCAGACACUUGACAACAGGGGAGGAAUGUGCUGUGAAGUUGUUCCACGACCGCGUCUCCCAGCACUAUGCGGCUGUUCCUCAUCGCGAACUACAGUUACUCCAACGGCUAAAACAUCGGAAUGUAAUCUCUAUAUACGACAUUCAAAGAGAGAUUACUUCCAACAACUAUGUUUUGGCGAUGGAGUUCUGCGAUGGGAGUAGCCUGUAUUCCAUGCUGGACCAGCCCAAGUACUUCUACGGCCUCCCCGAAGAAGAGUUCCUGAUCGUGCUGUAUGACAUUGCAUCAGGAAUGAAGUACUUAAGGCAACAGGAGAUCAUACAUAGAGACAUCAAACCCGGAAACAUCAUGAGGAAGAUUGACGAGAAUGGAAGAUCAAUAUAUAAGCUGACAGACUUCGGAGCUGCCAGAAAACUAGAGGAGGAAGAGACCUUCACUUCCAUAUACGGCACGGAGGAAUAUUUGGAUCCUAAUAUGUAUGAGCGUGCGGUGCUGCGGCGAAAUAGAAGCCAGGAUUUUGGAGCUGUGGUGGAUUUGUGGAGUCUGGGAGUAACCAUUUUCCACACUGCCACAGGACAUCUGCCAUUCCAGCCGUACGGCGGCAGGAAGAACACAGAGACAAUGUACAUGAUCACUACUCAGAAGGCGUCCGGAGUGAUAUCUGGGAUACAGAGGACCGAGAAUGGAGAGAUCGAAUGGAAGAGAGACUUGCCCCACACGUGUCUACUGUCUCCAUUUCUGAAGUCUAUAGUGACCCCCAUUAUGGCCGGUUUGCUGGAGAGCGACACAAGAUUGAGGUGGACAUUCGAGCAGUUUUUUGAGACAGUCCAGUCACUGAAGGAAAUGAUAGCCAUCAAACUGUUCAACUGUUCUGCCGGAUCUAACAACAAAAUGUACAUCAAUAAAAUGGAUCGGUUUGCAAAGUGCCAGGAACUGAUCGCCAAGGAAACAGAAAUCAUGGCUAGCGAACAGCUGAUACUGUACUAUAAUAGAGAAAUCAGUGAAGUUAUCGACAUGACAGCAGAGAUUCAGAACUGGCCCAAAAACGUCCUUAAUGGCCAGCUUUAUCUGUACCAGAGAGAGAGAUUGGACCAACAGAGGCUUAAUUUUCCUGAAAUACCUCCCAUCCCUCAGUUCUUCAGCAGUAACCCCAUUUCCUACGAGAAGGAUUCUUACGUUGCCCACAAGAUGAGCGCCAUUGCCCAUCUAACGGUGCGAUAUGUGACCUUGUCCAUACAGGAACAGGAACUGAUGCAACUGGCUGAAAUAUCCCUGAGGGAUUACAUUUUUCGCCUGACCAGCCAUAUAAACAACACCAUCCCAGAUAUGAAGCGGUUACUGGAGGAGCACAACAAGAGGCAGAACAUGUUCUAUGGGGUCUACCCUUCAUUCCUGGGGCACCUCGAGGUUCUCCUACCUCUACUGAAGGACAACCAGGACAUGGCAGCCAUUGUCAGGGACAAAUACCAGAAGAUGCACAAUAUUGUGUCAGACGUCAACCCAAGGGAAGUGUUGAAGAAGGCGGAGAAUCGCUCAGAAGAGUGUAAGGUGUACAUGGACGUUCUGAUGAACAAGAUUUACGAACAGGAGAAGGAUGCCAUCAGCCAUUGUGUGGGGUGUCUGCAAGAAGAAAAUUGCACCCUCAAAGCAGAUCAUCUGUGUUCCAAAAUCCAGGAGAUUUCUGCCGCCUUCUCCAAGGACAGAAAACAGAAGACGCUGAGUCCAGAGGCGGAUUACGUACACGAGGCCGACAGAAUGCGGAUACAGGAUCUGUGUGUCCAGCUGGUCUCGCUCUUACAGGGACAUUGUCUGAGGAACCUGUCCAGAACUUACAGCGUGGUGGGCAAACAGAUAGGACUGCUAUUGAAGAAUGUUCAGAGAACAAAGAAAGUCGAACAAAACAUAUCGUCUGUAAAUGACUGUCGUGAGAAGCUCAGCAAUCGCAUCGAUAAGAUGGACAGAGAAUGCCUGUCUUUAUCUGAACAGGCCAAAGAGGGAAUGAGAACACAUAUAAAAGGAGGUUUCUCCCUCCCAGUCCAACUGCAGGCCAGUGCAAGAGCAUUGUCAGGGAAAACGCAGACCUCCCAGCUGACAUCACAAGACACGAGCCAGGCAUUUAAAGACAGUGCCUUAGGAUCCAGUACUGGACUGAGCAGUGUGGGGAGCAGUACAGGAGAGAGGCUGUUCGAAAGGAUUGGGGAUUUGAACGUCGAUAGUUUACAGGUCAAAGAAGGGAUGGAUAAAAACCAGAAAUGUAUAGAACAACAAGGCAGAAUGCUGGCCUUUGGGAUUCAAGAAACAUCGACACCAAACACAUACACCCCCACCACCAGCAGAGGAGCCACGUGGGACGGUGGGACAAACGGAUGACUCUGCAGAUGAUUGUUUCCCCAGAAACAGAUGAAAUCCAAGUGUGUCAUUUUGGCGCCAGUUACUCUGUUGUCACAGCUGUAAAACUGUCGGAAAAGGGGACGUUGGAAUGCACUGUUCAGAUCGUUGACAAUCAAGUGCUGUAUCCGAGUCAUAAACAAAUCACCACCACUCACCACUAAUUAAGUUUAAUUAGAAUCUGCACUCACAGUAUCACCUGUCCUUUGUUAAGUAAACAACAGGUAGAAUGGAGCAUUAUACAGCACACUUAUAGAGGUACAUGUACCCAUAUAACCUUCUCCAUGAUGAUACUUAUUUGUUAUUACCUGAUUAAACAACUAGCAUUCCACAAUUACUGUAUAAUCAUUUGAUUUAAUCAAUUAAUCAUGUGAUUUCAUGGGUAGCCCUAUCUUAACGAGUUUCAAACCACAACGAAAUUCGACCUAAUGUUUCAAUGUACUGUACAUUCAAAAUGUUAAUUUAGAAAUUUUAUUGAGAAAAACUAGUCUAAGAAUGGAAUGUCUUGGAAUCUGAGAGGUGUUAGUAAGUACGAGAGAGAUACCUGAGACUAAGUAUGAGAGAGAUAUCUGAGACCGAGUAUCAGAGAGAUAUAUGAGUAUGAGAGAAAUAUCUGAAAUAAGUAUCGGAGAGAUAUCUGCAACUGAGUAUUGGAGAGAAAUCUGAGACUGAGUUUGAAUGAGAUGUCCGAGACUUGAGUAUGAGAGAGAUAUCCAAGACUGAGAAUGAGAGAGAUGUCUGAGACUGAGAAUGAGAGAGAUGUCAGACACUGAGUAUGAGAGAGAUAUCCAAGACUGAGAAUGAGAGAGAUGUCUGAGACUGAGUAUGAGUGAGAUAUCUGAGACUGAGUAUUAGUGAGAUAUCCGAGACUGAGUAUGAGAGAGAUGUCUGAGACUGAGUAUGAGAGAUAUAUGUGAGAGGUGUCUGAGUAUGAGUGAGAUAUCUGAGACUGAGUAUUAGUGAGAUAUCCGAGACUAAGUAUGAGAGAGAUGUCUGAGACUGAGUAUGAGAGAUAUAUGUGAGAGGUGUCUGAGUAUGAGUGAGAUAUCUGAGUAUGAGAGAGAUAUCUGAGAUUGAAUAUGAGAGAGGUCCGAGACUGAGUAUGGGUGAGAUGUCUGAGUUUGAAUGAGAUAUCCGAGACUGAGUAUUAGAGAGAUACACUGUAUUUAACACUGGGUAUCUUGAUCAAGUUUUCUGAGACUUGUGUGUAUAUUUUAUCCACAAUGUUUGAAAAUUCAGGGAAAAAAGUGUUCAGAUGUACUUAACAACGGGCAUUAUUAUAUUUGGUUUCUAUUAUUCAUGCAUGUAUUUCUGUUUUGACAUUGUUUUGAGUAGAAUGAAUGUUGAAAUAGAAAAUAAUUUUGGUUUUUAAUGUUUUAACUUCAUUGUUUCGAGUUUGAUACUUAAAUAUAUAGCACAGAUGAAAGAUCUGAACAUACAAUUGCAAGUUUGACUGAAGAUCAUAACAUGGGUGCACUCUAGAUUUGUGUUCAUUUGUGUUCAUUAUUUUUAGGUCGCUUACAUCACUCAAGUGACCGAUUGCUGUCUGUUCUUGUCCGUUGUUGUUUGUCGUGCGUCAGUCAUAAACUAUUCAACAUUUUCAGAUUUUUCUCUGGAAUGGUUGAAUCAAUUUUGGUAUACAUGUAUAACAUCUCUGGGUCAGGGGGAGCAACAGUUUGUGAAUUUCAUGGACCCUGCCUCUUUGGAGCCUUCUUCUUUUCUCAUGGACAUCAAGGAGUCAAACUAUAGGCAUGACUAUAAUAAGCAAUGAGCCCUUACCAAAACUGUGAAAUUCAUGACCCUUAGGUUCAGGGGUUCAUAUCCCAGGGUGGAACUAAGUUGGUUAUAUUUUGAAAAUGCAUUAUAUCUUAGAAAAUUAUUUUUGCUUCUAGACAUCAAAGAGAGAAAUUGUUGCCAUGAUUAUAAUGAACAAUGAACCUUUUACCAAAAACUGUAAAAUUUGUGACCCGUGUUCAGGGUGGAGCUAAGUUAGUCAUAUAUUAAAAAUGCAUAUCUUAGAAACUCUGUGUAAUUCAUAACACAUGGGUUCAGAUUCGAGGGUGGGGCUUAUUUGAUCAUACAUAUAUGUUGAAAAUGCAAUAUGUACUUGUAUUAUAGAAAACCUUUACUACUGGACAUCAAUCGGGCAAAUUGUAUGCAUGGUUACCUACAAUGAGCAAUGAAUUGUCUUUGAAGCUGUAAAAAUCAUUUGACCCUUUUAGAAUUUAGAUAGAAAAUCACAUUUUACUGUGAUGUAAUAAAACUUUCUCACCUGUAAAAGAAUUCUAAAUUAUCAAUUGUGUAUGAUAGUUAUGCUAAUACAUCUAUCAUCUAGUACGAAGUAUUACAAAUGUAGAAGUAUAAAAAGCACACAGGUAACACAUUGAUUUCUAAAGAUUAAAAAUGUGCGUACUCAGGUGACCAUUAAGAUCCAUGGGCCUCUUGUAAAACACUUUACCUAGUAUUGUUGAUCAGUCUCAGGUUUCUGAUGUUUUAUUCGUAGAUGGAGACUAAAUCCAUAGGUGUUCAUGAUUUAUAAAUAAAAAUCUAAAACAGUU